AAAAUUGUCUUGUAGGGGAAUGGCUGUAUUGUACAGUGGAAAGACUGCUUUAUCCAAGCAGCAUGGACUAUUCAUCCAUCGCGUUGCAGCCAAUUUGUGAUAAUGAAACAUAUGUUCGAGCAGAAGUAGCUCUCCAGGGGGAUUAGUGAGACCACACUCGGCUGACCGUGCACUGUGCGCGUCUGUCUGACUGAAUUUACAAACACUUGUUCAUGGGAUGAAGGGAGAGAGAGCCUGGGAGUUGAGAGGUGUGAGAGGAGAUUUCGACAGGGUGGACGCUGAGGGGCGAGUGGGGGCAGGUCCAGAACCUGGGCCCGCAGCCUGAGAAUGUCCUAGGGGCCUGGAGUCUGGGAUUCUCUGCCACCCAGGGCGCGGCGGCUGUUCAGAUUGUUGAAUAUAGUGAAGGCUGGUUUUUGGAAGAGAGUUAUCACCACAGUCUGACGGGCUGUGACCUGAGUGCUGGAGGGGGCCCUGCUCUUGUUUACAAUGUUUGGAUGUUACCCUGAUUGACAUUUUUUUAAAAGAUGUUCGUUCUCUGUCUGUCUCUCUGUCUGUCUCUCUGUCUGUCUCUCUGUCUGUCUCUCUGUCUGUCUCUCUGUCUGUCUCUCUGUCUGUCUCUCUGUCUGUCUCUCUGUCUGUCUCGCUCUCUGUCUCGCUCUCUGUCUCGCUCUCUGUCUCGCUCUCUGUCUCGCUCUCUGUCUCGCUCUCUGUCUCGCUCUCUGUCUCGCUCUCUGUCUCGCUCUCUGUCUCGCUCUCUGUCUCGCUCUCUGUCUCGCUCUCUGUCUCGCUCUCUGUCUCGCUCUCUGUCUCGCUCUUGCUCUCUCUGUCUUCCUGCCCACCCCCCCAACGCCCCACUGCCCUUGUUGCAGUCGGUGGUUCGUGUUUGCUGUAUCCGCAGUUUUGGUCACUUCCUGGCGCGGUUGCAGAAGAACGUGUUGCAGUACAAUGCCGAGCUGGGAAUAUUUAUCAGUAUUAGCCAGUUGGAGGAGGAGACCCUAAUGGAAAAGGCACAGGCACAGUUCCGCAUGGCUGAAGAGGAGGCCCGCAGGAACCGGCUCAUGCGAGACAUGGCCCAGCUCCGGUUGCAGCUGGAAGUCUCCCAGUUGGAAGGAAGCCUCCAGCAGCCGAAGUGCCAGUCCACCAUGUCUCCGUACCUGAUACCCAACACCCAGGCCAUCUGCCAGCAACUGGGCAGCAUCCGGCAGCUGGCGAACAGUGGGCGGUUCAUUAUCAUCAUCCCGCGGACAGUGAUCGAUGGGUUGGAUUUCCUGAAGAAAGAGAACUCAGGAGCGCGGGACGCCAUUCGUUUCCUGGAGUCAGAGUUCAAGAAGGGAAAUAGGUACAUCCGGUGCCAGCGGGACACUGGCCGAGCAGUGGAGAGGCACAAGCUGAAGAGACAGGAUCUGGAUGCAUGGCACUUCUACAAGAUCCUGGACAGCUGCAAGCAACUGACGGUGUCGCAGGGCAGCGGAGAGGAGGAGCUGGCAGGGAUGGUCACUAUCCUGACGGAAUUCUCACCAGGUGACCCGGACACACUCUCCAGCCACGUACAGGUUGCACUGCGGGCAGCACAGAGCAGUGGCGUGGACGUGAAGAACAUUCUGGAUUUCUACCGGCAGUGGAAGGAGAUGGGCUGAAGUGCUGGUGGACAGUCGGGGGCUCACGGACCUCGGAAGAAACCUCGCCGAACGCCAUGAGAAAAACACAAACCGCAGCCAAGGUGUCUCUGCUGUGAGCUGGUUCGGCUGCUGCACCAUUCGGAACGAUCUGACGUGCAAACCAAAUACCGCGGGCAGACAAGGGGGCUUUAAAACAGCAACAACAAAAAAAACCCGACAUCCCGAAGGGACGGGGUCGCGGGGCAUCUUUUGGGGGUCCUUUUAAACAAAGAUACCAGAGGUGACGGGUUUGGGGGUGGGAGACUAGCCUCGUGCCACCCCAAUGCUGUAAAAGUGAUGGCCUCCCUCACAGAAGAUGGGUGGAGGGUGUUGUCCAGACUGGCGUCGUCCAGCUCGGGCACCUUGUGGAAUCUGCCCGCCCCCCUCCCCUCCCGUAUUUCGCCGCCUUGCGUGUACGAGCUCCUCUUCUGGUGAUGGGCUCUUGUUUUUUUUUUGCUGGCUUCACUCUCGCUGCUUCCAACCCCCCCCAACGUGCCCAGGUAACGUCACCCGUUGGCGUUGGCACAGCUGCCCGAACUUGACUGCACCCCGCAACCCGUCGCGUGACGUUGGGCAUCGCACCCUGUCGACGCUCCAUCGUCCCAGUUUUAAUCCCGCUACUGUCUUGGGGAGCUGCCUGUUUUUAUAUUUCUGCUCAUCCGUCUGUGUGCGCGUGUGUCUGUGUGCGUGUGUCGGGACACUUUUUUGUUGAUCUCGGUUUUUUUUGUUGGCUCAUGUAAAUUGCCCCCCUAACACGGGUUGGGAGGCUGCUGCCUGGAGGGUGGUGGUUGGGGGUUCAGAGCACAGUCAAGAGGUCUUCGUGGCCUUUUCAUGACUUACUGGCAGCAGAGGCAGGCAGGGAGGUUUGAUGUUUGCCAGUCUGGCAGCUGGCACACCGUUCCUUGCCCCACCUCCCCAGAUGAUCCUGCGCCCCCUUUGCAGUGGUCCUGUCCCUGUGAAGAUCAACAGGUGCGAUUCACUGGGGACUCGGAUGUUUCAGCCUCAUCUCUGGGGAAAUUCCUCACUCAUUAGCUCAAUUGCCUGACUGCUUCUGCCUCUGUUGCCCUCCUCCAGCUCCCUGCACCCCCUCCCUAUCUCUGCCACCUCCACCGACACCCUACACCCCCUCCCUUUCUCUGUCACCUCCUCCAGCCCUCUACACCCCCCUCCCUAUCUCUGUCACCUCCUCCAGCCCCGACACUACCUCCUGAUCUCUGUCACCUCUUCCAGCCUCCUACACCCCCUCCCUAUCUGGAUUACUCCACCCCAGCUCCUCUCUGAGGUGGGCAACAUGCACUGCUGCCUCUCUGACCCCUUUCCGCUGCCGUGAUCCCUCCACCCUUUUUCAGCAUCGUUACCUGCCCCAUCCAAUCCUAUUUCCCAAUUGCUUGAGAACCUGGCUCCCCCCGGACAGACCUGCCCACCCCUGUCCUCGGUCUACCACCCUCUGGGACCUCAGAUGCCAGCCAGCAUCAACGCUCCAAUUGAAAGCAUUUCUUUCCCAUCGACCUAACUGCCCCCCGGACGCCCAUUCCCCCUUCUCCACCCUCAGACUGUGCCCAUCCCCGAUGUGCUGACUUUCUCUGUUGCUAUGAUGGAGCCUGAAUGCUCCAGCCCUGGUGUGGGUGAGAUGUGAAAUCUGUGGAAUGGAGGGGGGUGAGGGGCAAAUAUUCCGAGGGAGCGAUGGAUGAGAAAGCGGGGGGAGCGAGGAUUGUUUGUGUGAGAGAGAGGAGAAGCGCUGGUGUGUGCGUGUGGCCCUGUCAUCGAGGGCAUGGCUGGCAGAGAAGGGUGACCACGGUGUAUCUGACCCUCCACCCUGUCGCUAUCCUUGCUCCCUCAGAUUCCUCCUGUGGCGUUUGUCAUUGGGAGUGUGGCCGGUCGUUUCUGCAGGAGCCUCGUGCCCAGCCCCAAGCGCCCAUCACUGCUUUUGGAGUGUGAGUGUGUUGUGUGUGUGUGUUGAUGAGGGGAGAGUGAGUGUACCCCUAGUCCUGCGAUGCCUAGCAGCUGGUACCCUUCAGAGGAUGGUACCACACCGCUUCCUCCUCUCCCCUCCCGAGACUACACUGCACUGUCAUCUUCAGACUGAGAUAUCACUUUGUUUCUUGUGGAAAAGACAAUUCAGAUUUUUUUUUUCCUGACACACUCUCUCUUGAAACGUAAUUUAAAAAGAAACUGCUACCCUUUUGGGGGCUGAUGGGUGAAUAAAGCAUUGGAAUUACUGUGGCAAAGAAA